GCUGAACAACAUAUUGAGUAUAACGUUAAACGGGUUUUCGGGGUUGUGUCAUUGUACUGGUUUGUGUCCAUCUCCCUUGUGUUUAUCAACAAGUGGCUUCUCAGCAAUUCUGACACGCUGGUGGAUGCGCCUCUUUUCAUUACGUGGUUCCAAUGUCUCGUUACCGUAUGCUUGUGCAUAGGGCUGUCAAAGUUGUCAAAUUUUUUCCCCAAUAAAUUUUCCUUUCCUGGUCUUGAUUACUCAUGGAGAACUGCGAUACGUAUCAUGCCUCUUAGUUGCGUAUUCUUUGCAAUGAUUGUAUUCAAUAAUCUUUGUCUGAAAUAUUUGGAUGUCUCCUUCUACUUUGUUGCUCGGUCGCUUACGACCGUCUUCAAUGUGAUUCUGACUUAUCUCAUUCUGCGAAAGAAAACGGGCUGUAAGGCUAUUCUCUGUUGUGCCGUGAUAAUUGCAGGCUACCUUACAAGCGUCUUCCAGGAAAAUGGGCUAGGCACCCUUUCUCUACUCGGCCUUGUGUAUGGACUGUCUGCCAGCCUCGCUGUUUCUCUGUUCUCUAUUCUCACAUCGAAGGGAUUGGCCUACGUUGACGGGAGUGUUUGGCGGCUUACCUUCUACAACAACAUCAAUUCAUUUCUCCUCUUCAUCGUGGGUAUCGUCCUUACUGAUGAGCUGACUGAAUUAAAUUAUCUACCAGCCACUUUUAGUGUGGCCUCAAUCCUCUCACUUUUUAUUCCUUCGUGUCUGUGUGUUAUGCUCUUUUCCAGCUACGUUGGUCUGUUUUUCUGGAGUAUGAUGCUGAUCAGCGGGAUCUUCGGUUUCGCCAUCAGUUAUGUGACCACCUGGCAAAUUCAGGUGACCAGCCCCCUUACACACAACAUCUCGGGCACUGCUAAGGCCGCCGUCCAGACAAUCCUCGCGGCCUUGAUUUCCCUGCACUUCAAAUCGGUGCUCUGGUGGCUGGGCAAUUCGAUGGUGGUUGCUGGCUCCAUAGCCUACGCCUACGUGCGCCACAAAAUCUCCACUAGAGAACAGGCUCUGCAGCUUCCGCAGUCUCGGAGCGCCUCCGAUAUGGAACCGUUUCUUGAGAAAUCUGUGGCAAGCGACCCCGAAAGGAGUAAAUAG